AUGACGUCGGCCACGUGGGCAGCUCCCGACCUGGACGACCUGGCACAGGCCCCAGAGCCUCUGGCGAGGGCAAUACUACUGGCUUUGUGCGACGACGAGCGGGUAGAGGCAAGAGCCCUGCGUUACUAUGAGCGACUUCUGCAGUUCGAGGCGGAUGCGGCACAGGGCGCUGGUAACGGCGCUGGAACGCCAGCCGUCGGCGAUGAGGUCCGGAGCCCAACGGAGUCGAAUCCAAAGAAACGCAAGAAGAAAGCAGGCGAUCCACGGAUAUGUGUGCAAUGUGACUGCGUCUUUGUCGAGGAGGAGAACGGGUACGAGAGCUGCCAGUACCACGCAGGCAUCAUUGAGCUGUUCGACGAGACGAAGGUCGAUCUCGACUGGGAGGAGUACUCGCUGGAGCACCUGGACACCCCUUCCAAUCGUGCCAUGUUUCCCGAGGCGUUUCGAUGGAUUUGCUGCCGCGUAACGGCCAAUGAGCCAGGAUGCAGACGUGGAAGACACGAAGCAAAUCCAGAUCGGUCGCUGAAAGGGCGAGGUUCGGAGUCGCGAGAGUCAAGUCUCGAUGGAGAUCCCCUGCGCCUGGAUGCACCGAGAUCAGGCGAGUUGACCGCCAACGAAGGAGGACCGAAACCAGAGGAGGCCAGUCGUCAACUCGAGUUACGAAAGUUGGGGUUAAGACAAGGCCCAAGAUGA